GCCGUCAUCACCAGCUUUGAAAGGUAGUUUUGAAUUGUGCCAUUGCGCUCGACAGAACAACGGCCGCGUUGCAUCACGCUCGUAGACAGUAUACAGUAUACAAGCACAAUGCUGUCCACCACCCUCACCCGCACAGCGCGCUCCUCGCGCCCCCAGUCUCUGCGCCUGCACCUCCGCGGCCUCUCCACGCUGCCUCAGAACCCGCAAAUAUACGUCCACCCCCACCCCCUCGACCCCACAAAACACAUCCUCUCGCACCUCCCCACCUCGCCCCCAACCCCCCGCCUCGCAAUCGGCACCACGACCUCUCUCCCCGUGACCCCCUCGUCCUUCACCCCGAACCCCGCCUUCCUCCCGCUCCUGUCCUCCGUGCUCGCAGCCCACGCACCCACCGACCCCGCCGUCGCCGCACAAGCCGCUGUCUUCGCAUCCCCGGGGGGCUUCAACAUCGCAGGGUCCGGGAGCGCGAGCGGCGCGGGCGGCGCGGGCGGCGCGAGCGUCGGGGGCUGGAUCCAUGUGUCUGAUACGCGGAAUCCGCCUGAUUUCGGCAGGAUUGCGUGGCCGGAGGAUAUCCUGGGGAGUUUGGAGGUGGAUGGUAAGGGGAAGGUGGUGCAGGGGAGUUGGCAGGAUAGUGGGAGUUACAGGGUCGUGACGAGGGAGGGGGUGUUGGGGCUUACGGCGUUUGUGUGGGGGAAGGUUGUUGAGCGGUUGAGGGCGGAGGAGGCGAAGGGGGAGGAGGGGAAGGCGUGA